CGUUAAAUUUUAGCGUAUGAGUUUUUUUAAUCGGACAAAAAAAUUUCCAGCUUAUUUGAGCCUUACAUCGCAAAAACUGUAACUUUUGGAAACCGCAGAGUCAAAGUAUGUAGUGGCACUUUUCGUGAAAUAAUCCAUGUACAUGUAUGUGUAUGUAUAUACAUCGUUAUUUGUCUCGCUCUCUGCAACUCUCUCCCCACGUUGGCGGCCACGACGUCUCCCACACGACCUCGAUGAGCGAGAGUACCGAGGAGACUCUACGGAGAGUUAGUUAGCUCUAGGUUUGGCUGGCGGCUGGCUGCGAGAGGCAGUAGUCGACUGGUCGCAAGAUUUUCUUUUUUUUUUUUUUCAACCUGAUAAGUACGUGAAACGCAAGACUCUUGUCUUCCAAACGCAAGCAGCCAUGAUGACGGAUGAAAAAACAUGUUGAUUGAUAUCUAGUGACGAUAAGGAUAAUUUUGACGAGCUGUCCAUAACUCAUCAUGGCAAUGGAGCAAAAAAAUAUUAUCAGAGUUGGUUCCAGGAAGAGUGAACUUGCACUUAUUCAAACCAAUCAUGUCAUAAAAUGUAUCAAGGAUCGUAAUCCUGACAAGGAAUUUAAGAUUAUUACUAUGAACACAAAAGGAGAUCGAAUACUUGAUAUACCACUGCCAAAAAUUGGUGAAAAGUCGCUGUUUACCGAAGAACUGGAAAAUGCUCUGGAAAAUGGCAGAGUUGAUUUUCUGGUUCAUUCGCUUAAAGAUUUACCUACCACACUGCGAGAUGGCUUAGCAAUUGGAGCUAUUCUUGAAAGAGAAGAUCCUAGAGAUGCAGUUGUCAUGUCUAAAACUUUUAGUACCUUUACCCUUGAAACUUUGCCACCUGGUAGUGUUAUUGGCACAAGUUCAUUGCGCAGAUCAGCAUACUUGUCCAGAAGUAUGAAACAUUUAAAAGUUGACACUGUCAGAGGAAAUUUAAACACAAGAUUAAAAAAGUUGGAUGAUGAAAAAGGAAAUUACGCUGCUCUCAUAUUGGCAGUAGCAGGCCUUAAAAGAAUGGGAUGGGAGGACAGAAUAAGCCAGUACUUAGAGUCCGAAGAUACUUUGUAUGCAGUGGGUCAAGGUGCUUUGGCUGUUGAGUGCAGAGAAGGAGAUUCCAGAAUUUUAUCAUUGUUGGAGCCCUUAAAUGAUUUACAAACAACAUUAAGAUGUGUUGCUGAAAGGUCGUUUUUAAAAUAUUUAGGUGGUGGUUGUUCUGCACCAGUUGGAGUUUUCAGUACUCUGGAAAACAAGGAAUUAUCUGUAACAGGGGCAGUUUGGUCAUUAGAUGGAAAAGUGUUAAUACGAGAUUCAUUAAAAUGUAAAUUAUAUUUUCCAAGUGAAGAGACUAAUGGAGAACCACCAAAAAAGUGUCCUUAUACAGAACCAAGAACUUUCUGUAGUGUAAUACCUGGGAGAUUUAGCAAUUUAAGUCUGUAUGGAGCAGAAAAAUUGGGAAAAGAUGUUGCAAAAAUCCUAGUGAAAAAGAAUGCCCUGGAAGUAAUGGCAGAUGCCAGAAAGGAGAUAUUAAGUACAGUUUAAUUUAUUUAAUGCUUGGUGCAGGGUUGUUACUACAUAUUGUAUAUGUAAAGAGAUGUCUAUAUUAUAUGUAAAAAGCAAUUUAUUAAAGUGGUUUUGUUGUUUAUCUGAAAAA